AUGACUAACACUAGAAGUCAAACUGAAAUCGAAAAAACAAUUCAAAAUCACACAACUUCUUUACUAAAAUUCGAAGCAUUCAUGGAGAAAACUGACAAGUCUUUUGAGGAUCUGAAACAAUUAAUGGACAAAAUUGUCUUGAAUCAAACCAAUUUUGGCCGGUCAUCAUCAGGUGAUACACAAUUGGAGACUUCAGGCCUUGUUAGUACCAGAACAGAAAGAUUGUAUAGGCUUGGGAAGAUUGAAUUUCCUAAGUUUAAUGGUCAAGAAGUAGAAGACUGGAUCUGCAAAUGCGAACACUUCUUCGAUGUCGAUGAAACACCAGAAAACUUCAAAGUCAGGUACGCAGCAAUUAAUUUGGAAGGCAAGGCUAUGAAAUGGCACUCGUCAUUUUUAAAACAGUUAACUAAGCCUAUAAUAGAAGUGACUUGGGCUGAGUAUUCAAGAAAUGUGUUAGAAAGGUUUUCUACACAUCAAUAUGGGGAUACCAUGGGUAUUUUGACAUCCACUGUUCAGACAGGGGAAUUGGAGGAGUAUUGUGAAAGGUUUGAUGAGAAUUUGUUGAGGGUAAGUAUUUGUGAAGAGUAUGCUGUUAGUAUCUUCCUUCAUGGGUUGAAACCAGAAUUGGCAGGCCCAGUAAGAAUGUUUGAACCCAAGAACAUGAAAGAAGCUUAUAAGUUCUCUAAGAAACAAGAUUUGGCUAAUAAGAUGUUGUUGCCAAAAACAAGACCCUAUUCUAAUCAAAAUGGCAAGUUUUAUCCAAACCCAACACCUGUCUCUUCUUACAAACCUAAUCCAGUUCUUAAACCACCAGUUAACACUAAUCACUUACCACUGCUACCCUCACCUCCUUUGAAUCAGAGAAUUUAUCCUAACAAAAACAGAUUGAACUUACCAACUAAGGAAAUGGAAGCCAAAAGACUUCGAGGUGAAUGUUUUUGGUGCACUGAAAAAUUUACAUCAACCCAUAAGUGUCCCAAUAAACAACUUUAUGUUUUGGAAAUUGAGGAUGAUGAGGAGGGGAAUUUUGAUAUUCAACAGGAUUCUGAACCCAUUAUUGAUACCACCACCAAUGAUCCAUUGAUUUCAAUCCAUGCACUAACAGGAGUGCCUUCCUUUUCAACUAUGCAAGUGGUGGGCAACAUUGGAACUAAAACCUUGAGAAUCCUCACUGAUUCAGGUUCUACUCAUAACUUCUUGGAUGAGAAGUUGGCCAUGAAGCUUCAGUGUCAAUUAAAGGACAUCACUCCUAUGAAGGUUGGGGUUGCCAAUGGAAUUCCAUUAAUGUGCAAAAAGAUAUGCCGGAAUUUUGAAUGGCAGAUGCAGGGUCUGUGGUUUAAAGCUGAUGUACUAGUCAUAUCAUUGGCAACCUAUGAUAUGGUGUUGGGGGUGCAAUGGCUCCUGCCACUUGGAGAUAUUGUUUGGAAUUUCAAGGAUCUCACUAUGCAAUUCAGGGUGGGAAAUAAGUCUUAUCAGCUAAAGGGGAGCCACAACAAAAAAUUGUCAUUAUGUUCAAUAGAAGUUAUGAAUCAGUGGUUGGCAAAUGAUGAGAGUUAUGUUCAAGGUCAGGUGUACAGUUUGAAAAUGGAAACUCCUGAUAAACAAUUUCAGCAUGAAACCUUGGUGUCUAAUCCUGUAAGCCCUGAAGUUUUUGAUAAACUUUUGAAAGAAUUUGAUGAUAUAUUUCAAACACCUACUAGUCUGCCACCUCAUAGGGCUUUUGAUCAUAGAAUUGUUUUGAAAGACGAAUCAGUAACUAUAAAUCAAAAGCCUUACAGAUAUCAGUUAGCCCAAAAGGAUGUUAUUGAAAAAAUGACUAAGGAAUUAAUAGACACUGGGGUGAUCAGGAACAGUGUUAGUCCUUUUGCAGCUCCUGUAGUCUUAGUCAAGAAAAAAGAUGGUAGUUGGAGGAUGUGCAUAGACUACAGGAAACUGAAUGAUGCAACCAUCAAAAAUGGCUUCCCUAUUCCCUUGAUAGAGGAUUUGAUGGAUGAAUUAGGAGGAUCCACUGUUUUUUCUAAACUGGAUUUGAGAUCAGGAUAUCACCAAAUCAGGAUGUACCCUGAUGAUAUUCCAAAAACAGCCUUUAGAACUCAUGAAGGGCACUUUGAAUUCAUGGUGAUGCCAUUUGGUCUGACAAAUGCUCCAGCAACAUUUCAGGCUCUCAUGAAUCAUACCUUCAAACCACUGUUGAGGAAAUCAGUUCUAAUCUUCUUUGAUGACAUACUAGUAUAUAGCAAAACUGUAGAAGAGCAUAUGGGUCAUUUGAGGGAAGUUCUGCAGAUUUUGAGGGCCAAUAAAUUGUAUGCAAAGCUGUCUAAAUGUUCUUUUGGUGGGAGGGCUGUCGAAUAUUUAGGGCAUAUUAUCAGCAGAGAGGGAAUUGCUACUGACCCAAAGAAAAUUGAGGCUAUUCAAUCUUGGCCUGUUCCUAGCAAUAUCAAACAACUGGGGGGUUUCUUGGGCUUAUCAGGCUAUUAUAGAAGAUUUAUCAGAUCUUAUGGAAUUUUGGCUAAACCUCUGACGUCUCUUUUAAAGAAAAACAGUUUUGUAUGGACAGAGGAUGCAACCACUGCUUUUAAUGCCCUGAAACAGGCCUUGUGUUCUCCUCCUGUAUUAGCUCUCCCUGAUUUUUCUAAACCUUUUGUCUUAGAGACAGAUGCUUCUGCACUUGGUUUUGGUGCUGUAUUGAUGCAAGAUGGCCACCCUCUUGCCUUCAUUAGCAGGGCACUAUCACCAAGACAGCAAUCUUAUUCUGUGUAUGAGAAAGAACUUUUGGCCAUCAUUUUUGCAGUCAAGCACUGGCAACAUUAUCUGUCUAAUGGUCAUUUUAUAAUUAAAACAGAUCAAAAAAGUCUUAAGCAUCUAUUGGAACAGAAGUUGACCACUCCAUUACAACAUGUAUGGCUUUCAAAGCUUAUGGGGUUUGACUAUGAAAUUCUAUACAAGAAAGGGGUGGAAAAUAAGGUGGCUGAUGCACUUUCAAGGGUUCAAGGUCCCACACUGUGCAUGAUUUCAUUAUCUACUUUGGAUGAUACCUUAUUUCAAAGGAUCGUCAAAUCCUGGGAAAGUGAUGAUCAAAUUCAACAAAAAUUGAAGAAGUUACUUAAAGGGGAACAAGUUCCAAAGUAUCACUGGAAUGUCACUGUUUUAACUAAGAACUCUAAGAUUGUGGUAGGUACAAAUGAAGCAUUACAGACAUACAUUGUGAAUUUGUGCCAUAGUUCAGCAGUGGGGGGGGCAUUCUGGGGUCCAUGCCACUGUUCAAAGGAUCCAAUCUAUGUUUACAUGGAAGGGUCUUCAUAA